CCUUCCUCGGAGACCUGUUUCUGAAGUUGAAAACAAUUUCAUGAUGCCACUUCCUCCGCCUUAUCAAGAAAUAUCACAGGCUACAACCAAUUUCAGUUAUUGUGAUGCCCAUGCCACCCAUGCUCAGCAGUUCUUCUGCAAAAGUUGUAUGGUCUCGAUUUGCUUGAUUUGUUGGGAUGAGAAUCAUGAAGAUGAGAGCAAACAUACAGUCAUUACGAUGGAAAAGUACUUGCAGCCCCAGGAAAAGAUUCAAAAGAAACUCCGAUCUUAUCAAUCAGAGUGUAGCAAAAUGACUGAACUCGUACGUCAGUGGCCCAACUUUGUGGGCCAAUUUCAAAGCGUAUCGCGAUUGCAGGAUGAAGUUAUGAAAAGUAGGACACCAAACGAGGUUGAAACUAAAUCAAACGAUGUGAAAGUCAAAAUUGAUAAUGAAAAAAAGAAGUUGAAGAGUUUUAAAUCCGAUAUUUUGUCCCAAUUUGCUAUCAUGGAAACCGCUAUUGAAUCUAUCUUCAUCGAAGAUAUUGCUACCAAGGUUGUCCUCUCUGGCAACUUGAUCACCCAAGAUGAAGACAGGUCAUCUAGUGGUACGACUGGUACUCCUCAGACAGGAGGACUGGUUAGAGGCAACGAUAGAAGUGAGACGAGAGAAGAAGUAAAUGGGAGAGUAUUGGUUGGGUUUACCGAGAUUGGGAAGACCGAUGAUGUGAUCUACUGCUUUAAGGCUGUUUAUAACUCCAAGACCAGAGAGUUGCUGUGCAAUUGUUUCCAGUCUAACGAACUUAUGAUUAAAGUGUUUGGUGUGACAGGUGAGCAGAACGAUCAGUUAGAUCUGAAGAGACAUAUGAAAUGGUCAGGUUUGCGGGGAACAGAAAACGCAUUGUGGGACAUUUGUGUAGACGAAACGAGUAACACUUUGUAUGGAGUUGUUGUGAACAAGAAAGGAUAUGUUAGUAGAGUGGAAGAAUUGGAUCAAAUUAGUCUGAAGAUGAAAGCAGUGUUAGACACACAAGAAGUACCCUAUGGAGGAGGUUCUGUUCUUUGGUACUUGAGAUCCAAGAAUGGCACGACAGUUUUAGCAGUUUGGGACGAAAGAAAAAAGAGCAAGUGGCACAGUGUUAUAAUGUACAAGAACAAUGCUCGACUGUGCACUGUUCCUCUGGACAUAAAAACGGAUGGUUGUGUGCCUGACCGUGGUAGUGUGCUGAUGAUCAACGAGACCAAGAUGCUGCUCAGUUGUGGCUAUGGAAGCAAAAAAAUCGCAGUGGUGUCAUUGAAACAACAACAACAAACACAGCAACAACAUUACACUCAAGCAUCACCUUCAUCAACAAACUUUUCAGCUACAACAAAUAUGAAGAUUGUUUAUCUAGCUACACCUGGAAGUCUUAGUAUUGCCUCUCUUGUAUGGACACCAUCAGUGCAUCCUUUCCAAGGAUAUCUCUUGAUUGGGGGCUACCAUGCAUCUUCCAUUCAAUCGGAAAUAUUUAAAGUAGACUUCGAAAUUGACUUCAGGGGUGUUAUACAUGGGGAAGAGUUGAUACUCAGACAUGCGGAAGGUGUUCCACCCCUGAAAGACAUCCGGGGAUUGGUUCAAAUUGAUCACUCGACUGUUUUCGCUGUAAAAGGAGAAUUUUUGAUUCAAUGCAAUCCGCUUUUGCUGAAACAGGAGUUCAGCAACACUUGAAUACAUUUCUCGA